CGCAGAUCGUUCGCUGAACACAAGAUCCAAUUAAUUUAAGUAGAAAUACUAUUUGAAAAUCAAUCUUCGUGCUGACUAAUAUUGUCGAUUCAACAUGGUAUUUGAAACUUCUCAUGGCAUUGGACAAAAACGCUUUUCUCCAGAUCUAAAUCGAGGGAAAUGGGAAAAAUCUACAGACUAUAUAUUUGCUUGCUUAGGAUUAGGUCUAAAGAUGGAUGCAUUUGAUUUCACAUAUUAUGUACACAAGGAUAUGGGCAUUCUUGGAGUAUUGGUGUAUUUUCUGUGCAUGGUACUAUAUUUGGUUCCAGUCAUAGCCAUCCACUCCUUCAUGGGGCAGUUCUCAAGCAGUGGAUUUAUCUCCGCUUUUCGUCUGUCUCCUUUUUUCAAAGGCAAGUCCCUACAAAUGAAAUUCAGAUACUUAACCUAUUUUAUUGAAAUUUUAAUUUUAGGCAUGGGAUACUUAAGUGUUUUUCUGUCUCUCUCCAUGCUCACUUACUAUAGCAUUUAUGCUGCUAUUCCGCUCUUGUUCAUUAUAAAUAGUUUUAAGCCCACUUUACCGUGGGCUUGUGAAGGAUUAAAAUCUUGGUACAACGAAAGCUAUGGACGAUCAACUAUUUGUAACCAGACAAUCAAUAUGGAGGAUUCUAAAUUCCAAAACAAUACAAAAAAGAGGGAAAUUUAUGUACCUUCCCUACUCUACUUUGACAGUCACUAUGACAUUAUGCUAGAGAAAGGAUUUCCGGACCUUAAUGAAGACUAUGAGCUAUCCUGGCAUUUUGUUGGCCUCUUCGCUAUAGUUUGGGCAAUGGUUGCACUUAUUUUUUAUGAAUUCUCGGAGACGGCAAAAUUUGGAAAAUUCAUUCGGUACAUGGUCGUUGUGACACUGGUUCUUCUUUUAGUGUGCUUCGUGCGUUUUCUAUUUCUCCCAGGAGCUCUUUCGUGGCUAGGAAAAUAUAUAGCUCCAAAACCAAGGUACUGGUCGUCGGAUGCUGAAAUAAUAUUUGGCAUUUCUUUAAGGGUGUUUGGAGCUGGCUGGGGAAGUGUGAUAGCCCUGUCCAGUUUUAAUGGAUUCAAGACCAACAUUAUGUCGUACAGCUGGAUUAUUUGCUUCGGACAAACCUUUAUUUUCAUUCUGUUUAGCUUAAUUUCUUUUAUGCUGGAACAAUACUUCAAAGACCUUACUGAAGACGCUGAUAAAACUAACAUACUGAACCUUUGGGGGAUGACUUUGUCCAGCGCCAGUGCUUUGUCUUCAUUGGGUUGGCCAAACUUGUGGACUUUUAUUUACUAUACUACGUUAUUAAUGGCGGCUCUUAUUUCGAUAACGACGCAAAUAUUCACAGUCCUUCAAAGUUUGUUUGAUGAAUUUGAGGAACUUAGAGUGAGAAAACAGGAGGUAACCUUCAGCCUAAUUGGUGGCCUUUCAGUAUGUUCCGUUUUCUUUUGCUCAAAUCAUGGUAUUUCCUUCUUUUGUGCUUUCUAUUCUAAAACCAUUUUCCUUCAUUUAUUGCUUCUUUUGGUGGUUUUGUGGAUUUACGGUGCAGAACGAUUACAGCGGGAUAUUCUGUUUAUGUUGGGACAGACGUUUGCCUCCUGGAAGAUUUAUAUACUUCGCUUUAUAGCUCCAAUUUAUUUUGUGUAUUGUCUGCCAUCAGAGAUAGAUUUGGCCUUAUCACAAGACUCUUUCACCUCUGCCGGGGUCUACUUGAUGUCCAUUAUACUGGUGUGGUUGCCCAUUCUGGCAAUACCUGGCUACGGAAUUUACUGUCUUGCCCAGAGCACUGGAACCGUUUGGGAUCGCUUGAGACGCACCUGUCGACCCACAGAUUGGUAUCCGGUGGACUUGAAUCAUCGCCAGCAGUACGAGGAAGCUGUAGGAAACAUUGAAACCCACCAGCUUGUCGAGGUUACCGAUGAUAUAAACUAGUUUAGUUUCAUUACAAAUGAUUGAGUAAUUUCAAUAUAGAUUUGAUAAAAAGUAUCAGAAGUGGACAAACUAUAAAAAAAAUAAACUUUAAAUUAUAGCACAAAAUGCCUUUCUACGGUUGGACUCUGAGAAAUAGUAGCUUAAGUUUUCUAUAUCAUAAUAUUUAAGGAUUAUUGCUCUAACGAUUUUAAAUGACGAAUUUCGACCCAUCUUUAUAAAUACCAUAAUAAAAAUAUAAUCACUUUUCAAAUAAAUAUAUUAAUUUUUAAAACCACUUAUAAUAGCCUAAA